ACUGCAAGUUCCAAUCCACACCUCCUGUAGUCAUGAAACCACCACCUGCAUUCCUCCUGCUACUCCUAGCCUGCCUCUACUCUAGGACUGCUACAUCCGUCCCCGCCGCCGCCAAUACCACUAAACCCGCAAUAACCCCCACUUCCUCCCCAACCCCACCCAGUACCAAUCGUUCUUCCUCCUCUGCCGCUACUUUAGACCCAAAAGAACUAGAAGCUCUGCAGUCCCUCAAUAUCCCCACCACAAAGGACCCCUGCAUUCAGCCGUCUCCCCACAACGCCACCAUCUGCGACUCCUCCAAGCCCUUCCGCCACCUCGUCUCCCUUCAACUUUCUAACUGUUCCUCUGACCUUUCCCUGUCCUUCUCUGCCCUCAAAUCCCUCUCUUCUCUUCGUUCCCUCUCCUUCACCGACUGCCAUGUUCCCCCCAUUCGUUUCCCUUCCGAUCUCGCACUCUCUCUGACUUCCUUUUCCUGCGUUCGCUCUCUCCGCCACCUCUCCGGUAUCUGGCUCUCCCGCUUCGAGAACCUCACAGAUCUCACCGUCUCCCACACACCCGUCAACACCAGUGGCCUUCAUGUGAUUCUCGGAAACAUGCGUAAAUUAAAGUCUCUCACCAUUUCUCAUGCUAAUCUUACUGGCUAUCUUCCGGGACACCUUCAUUUUAAUCUUUCGUACAUUGAUUUAUCUGAUAAUCAGAUCAGGGGAAAGAUACCCACCUCACUUACUCUGCUCGAGAAACUUGAAUUCUUGAAUCUUUCCUCAAAUGGGUUAAAUGGUGAGAUACCCACUGAGUUUGGUGAUCUGAUAACGCUAAAAAAUGUGUCUUUGGCUUCCAAUUCGUUUUCUGGGUCGAUACCAGAUUCAAUGUCGGCAAUUCCCGGUCUGGUUCAUGUUGAUCUGAGUAGGAAUCAGUUGAACGGAACUGUGCCGGAGUUCUUCUCCAACAUGAAGAGAUUGAGAGUCUUGAAUCUUGAGAAGAACGCACUUCAUGGGGUUUUGCCAUUCAAUGCUAGUUUCAUCAAGAGAUUGGCUGUGUUCAAGAUUGGGGGAAAUACAAACUUAUGUUACAACCACACUGUUUUUUCAUCAAAAGUGAAGCUUGGCAUUGCUCCUUGUGACAAACAUGGGUUGCCGAUGUCGCCACCACCGGCCAAGGAUGUGUCUUCCAGUGAUGGUAGUGAGAAUGACUCAUCAGACUAUGAUGACAGUGCAAAUGGCUCAAGUCAUAAGGAGCAUCACCAUGGCCCAAGUAAGGUUGUUGUUGGUGUGGCAAUUGGGAUAGCUUCUAUAGUGUUUCUCAUUAUCUUCUUGAUUCUUCUCUCAAAAUGGUGUGGAUAAAAGCUUGAAGGAAUCAUUGCCAAAGUGGGUUAGAUUACUUUUCAAUUAUUGGGGGAAAUUGGUAAUUAGAAAUGAAUUUUGAUUAAUUCAUUAUUGAUACACUUGGUUUUUGGUAAUGAAGAGGGGCGGUUGUAGAGGGAAAAUUUUUGCUGCUUUUGAUCACGGCAUUGUUUCCAUUUUAGAGUGUAAUAAUGUUAUAGAAUGCAAGACUGGUUGAUUUCUAAACUGUUAUUCUAAAUUGUGUAAUUUUCUUCAGCACCAAGCAUUGACUUUUC